CAUCGGCCAAAAAGCAGGCCAAAACAUGAUGGAGAAGCGGCUUAAAUUUAUUUUUAUUUAUUUAUUAGUUUUACCAGUGGGAUUAUUCGCUGAAAGUAAUGCGCCCAGUGAACAAGCAAAUGCUGCCGCAAGUGCUACCACCACUGGCGCGGGAAGUGCUACAGUACAAGCUGUUGCAGCAGUGUCAACGAGUGCAAACGCGGCUGGCAGCGCUGGAGGUUCUGCAAGUGCAAACGGCGCCGCCAGCGAAAGUCCAUCAAAUAAGUCUGAACCAGCUUUAGGUUCUAAAAACUCCAAUGAUGAUUACUAUUAUGAUGACUCAUUAGAACCCUCCUCUUCUGGGGCGCAAGCUUUUGUCUCUGUUCAAUCAUCUGGAAAUGCCCAAUCUUCUGCUUCUGCAACAGCGCAAGCGAAUGCAACAACCAAUAGGAGAAAAAGAAAAAGAAAGCCUCAGUCAACUCCUGGAUCCCAGAAUACAUCGUCAAAUGCACCUAAUAGCACCAUAGCAGAAAAUAAUAGUACGAAAUCAAAUAACACUAAGCCCUCUAAUGAACAGAAAAAUAAUAGUACUGCUAUAAAUAAAAAACCAAAAAAUGGAACCAAACCAGAAGGUAAAAUAUCUGGUCAAACAAAUAAAACAGAAAGUAAUAAAACACCGUCUAAUACCAAAAAUGAAUCUAACGCAAAGGAUAAUUCUCAGAAAUCAUCAAAACCUGAGCAUGAUAAUCAAUCGAAAGAAAACAGUAUUGAAAAAACGGCUAUAAAUGACAAAUCUGGAGAAAUCAACAGUAAAGAAAACCGAAAUUCGGAAGGAUCAAAAGAAAACAAAGAAAAAAAUAAUAGCAAUGAACCUGAAGAAAAAACAAAAAAUAAAGAAGAUAAUACUAAAGGCAAAAAUGAUUCAGGAGAAAAUCCACAGAAACAAAACAAAAAUAAAUCAGGCGAAGCUAAUAAGCAACAUAAGGGCCACAGUUCUAAAAUGGAAAGACAUAAAAAAGGACAUAAAAAAAGACAAUCUGACGAUUCUGAUGAAGAUAAUCGAAAUGAUAAAAUGCAUAAACAUCCAAAAAAACAUCAACGACACAGGACACCUAAAAAACCUGAGUCUUCCUCGGAACAAAGUGAAAGCCAAUCAUCCUCAAGUGAAGAGAAUAAUAGUGGAAUGAAAGAAAAUAAACACAAAAAAAGUUCUGCUUCGAAAAUUCAUAGUAGGCAAAAUAGAUCAAGUAGGUCAGUUAAUGAUGAACCAUGUGAAGAUAAAAUUAUAGAUGACUUCCGUCAAUUUGAAAAGGUGAAAAAUAGUGAAAACCCUAAAGAAAAAAAAGAGGAACCAUGUGAAGAACAUGUUUUAAACGAGCUGGAAUCAUUAUCAAAUAAAACGCCUAGCAAGCAUGAAAAAUCCAAGCCAGAAAAAGAUGGAUCUGGAAAACCAAGGAAAGGAAACUCACCAAGCGGAGAAAACAGUUCUUCUGAAGAACCUGAGGGCUCAAAUGAAUCAGGUUCACCUAGCAAGCCUGGCAAGCCUGGAAAAUCGAAGCCCGGUAAGCAUGGAUCUGGAAAGCCAGGUAAAGGAAAUUCACCAAGCGGAGAAAACAGUUCUUCUGAAGAACCUGAAGGCUCAAAUGAAUCAGGUUCGCCUAGCAAGCCUGGCAAGGCUGGAAAAUCGAAGCCCGGUAAGCAUGGAUCUGGAAAGCCAGGUAAAGAAAAUUCACCAAGCGGAGAAAACAGUUCUGAAGAAUCUGAGGGCUCAAAUGAAUCAGAUUCGCCUAGCAAGCCUGGCAAGCCUGGAAAAUCGAAGCCGGGUAAGCAUGGAUCUGGAAAGCCAGGUAAAGGAAACUCACCAAGCGGAGAAAACAGUUCUGAAGACUCUGAGGGCUCAAAUGAAUCAGGUUCGCCUAGCAAGCCUGGCAAGCCUGGAAAGUCGAAGCCGGGUAAGCAUGGAUCUGGAAAGCCAGGUAAAGGAAACUCACCAAGCGGAGAAAACAGUUCUGAAGACUCUGAGGGCUCAAAUGAAUCAGGUUCGCCUAGCAAGCCUGGCAAGCCUGGAAAAUCAAAGCCAGGAAAACAUGGAUCUGGAAAGCCAGGCAAAGGAAACUCACCAAGCGGAGAAAACAGUUCUUCUGAAGAACCUGAGGGCUCAAAUGAAUCAGGAUCACCAAGCAAGCCUGGCAAGCCUGGAAAAUCGAAGCCGGGUAAGCAUGGAUCUGGAAAGCCAGGCAAAGGAAACUCACCAAGUGGAGAAAAUAGUUCUGAAGAACCUGAAGGCUCAAAUGAAUCAGGUUCACCUAGCAAGCCUGGCAAGCCUGGAAAAUCGAAGCCCGGUAAGCAUGGAUCUGGAAAGCCAGGUAAAGGAAAUUCACCAAGCGGAGAAAACAGUUCUGAAGACUCUGAGGGCUCAAAUGAAUCAGGUUCGCCUAGCAAGCCUGGCAAGCCUGGUAAAUCAAAGCCAGGAAAACAUGGAUCUGGAAAGCCAGGCAAAGGAAACUCACCAAGCGGAGAAAACAGUUCUUCUGAAGAACCUGAGGGCUCAAAUGAAUCAGGAUCACCAAGCAAGCCUGGCAAGCCUGGAAAAUCGAAGCCGGGUAAGCAUGGAUCUGGAAAGCCAGGCAAAGGAAACUCACCAAGUGGAGAAAAUAGUUCUGAAGAACCUGAAGGCUCAAAUGAAUCAGGUUCACCUAGCAAGCCUGGCAAGCCUGGAAAAUCGAAGCCCGGUAAGCAUGGAUCUGGAAAGCCAGGUAAAGGAAAUUCACCAAGCGGAGAAAACAGUUCUGAAGACUCUGAGGGCUCAAAUGAAUCAGGUUUGCCUAGCAAGCCUGGCAAGUCUGGAAAAUCGAAGCCGGGUAAGCAUGGAUCUGGAAAGCCAGGCAAAGGAAACUCACCAAGUGGAGAAAAUAGUUCUGAAGAACCUGAAGGCUCAAAUGAAUCAGGUUCACCUAGCAAGCCUGGCAAGCCUGGAAAUUCGAAGCCCGGUAAGCAUGGAUCUGGAAAGCCAGGUAAAGGAAAUUCACCAAGCGGAGAAAACAGUUCUGAAGACUCUGAGGGCUCAAAUGAAUCAGGUUCGCCUAGCAAGUCUGGAAAAUCGAAGCCGGGUAAGCAUGGAUCUGGAAAGCCAGGUAAAGGAAACUCACCAAGCGGAGAAAACAGUUCUGAAGAACCUGAAGGAUCAAAUGAAUCAGGUUCACCAACCAAGCCUGGCAAGCCUGGUAAAUCAAAGCCAGGACAACAUGGAUCUGGAAAGCCAGGCAAAGGAAACUCACCAAGCGGAGAAAACAGUUCUUCUGAAGAACCUGAGGGCUCAAGUGAAUCAGGUUCGCAUAGCAAGCCCGGCAAGCCUGGAAAAUCGAAGCCGGGUAAGCAUGGAUCUGGAAAGCCAGGUAAAGGAAACUCACCAAGCGGAGAAAACAGUUCUGAAGACUCUGAGGGCUCAAAUGAAUCAGGUUUGCCUAGCAAGCCUGGCAAGUCUGGAAAAUCGAAGCCGGGUAAGCAUGGAUCUGGAAAGCCAGGCAAAGGAAACUCACCAAGUGGAGAAAAUAGUUCUGAAGAACCUGAAGGCUCAAAUGAAUCAGGUUCACCUAGCAAGCCUGGCAAGCCUGGAAAAUCGAAGCCCGGUAAGCAUGGAUCUGGAAAGCCAGGUAAAGGAAAUUCACCUAGCGGAGAAAACAGUUCUGAAGACUCUGAGGACUCAAAUGAAUCAGGUUCGCCUAGCAAGCCUGGCAAGCCUGGAAAAUCGAAGCCGGGUAAGCAUGGAUCUGGAAAGCCAGGCAAAGGAAACUCACCAAGCGGAGAAAACAGUUCUUCUGAAGAACCUGAGGGCUCAAAUGAAUCAGGUUCACCAAGCAAGCCUGGCAAGCCUGGAAAAUCGAAGCCCGGUAAGCAUGGAUCUGGAAAGCCAGGUAAAGGAAAUUCACCAAGCGGAGAAAACAGUUCUGAAGACUCUGAGGGCUCAAAUGAAUCAGGUUCGCCUAGCAAGCCUGGCAAGCCUGGUAAAUCAAAGCCAGGAAAACAUGGAUCUGGAAAGCCAGGCAAAGGAAACUCACCAAGCGGAGAAAACAGUUCUUCUGAAGAACCUGAGGGCUCAAAUGAAUCAGGAUCACCAAGCAAGCCUGGCAAGCCUGGAAAAUCGAAGCCGGGUAAGCAUGGAUCUGGAAAGCCAGGCAAAGGAAACUCGCCAAACGGAGAAAACAGUUCUGAAGAACCUGAAGGAUCAAAUGAAUCAGGUUCACCUAGCAAGCCUGGCAAGCCUGGUAAAUCAAAGCCAGGUAAACAUGGAUCUGGGAAGCCUGGCAAAGGAAACUUACCAAGCGGAGAAAACAGUUCUGAAUCUAGUGAAUCCUCAACAAGUAGUUCCGAAGAUUCAAAUAGUUCGGAAAUAUCCAGGAAUAAAACACCAGGUAAAAAAGCGUCCUCCAGCGAAGAUAGUUCGUCUUCAUCUUCAUCAUCUGAUACUGAUGAAUCUGAUGAACCUUCAAUUCCUACCAAAAAUAAUCCUAGCCGAGGCAACAUCGCUUCCGCUGAAAAAUAUUAUAGAAACAUUAAAAAUAUUAUAGAAUUGUACCUUAGAAAUGGAUUGGAAAAUGGUAAAAAUGCAAAUAAAGGAGAUGUAGAUAAGUUAAUUAAUCUUUAUAUUCGAGCAAUACAAGCAAACCAUAAUAGGGCAACUAAAGAGGACAUACAGAAUAUCAUACAGUUGUACGUUCAUGGCGUUAAAGGGAGCGGGGGUAAAAUCAAUAUCACCGAGUUGAAUAAUUAUCUGAAUAAACUUAAUUUACCCGAAGGCUCUCCCUUGUUAUUGAAGAAAUAUUAUAAAUAUAUUUUAGACCUUGAAAAAAACGGCAAACUGAAAAAACCAAUCUCGACAGAAAAACCAAAACGUUCCAAUUCACCUUCACUGCUUAGCAGUAUUUUAGACAUAUUUGAUCACAAUGCACAACAACCAAAUAACAAGGGAUUACCUGUGAAUAUUACAAGACCUGCGUCAAACCAUACAAGCAUACCUCUACCAAAAUCCGGUAAUAUAAAGAACUAUCCUAAGAACAUCGAACAGAUGUUACAAACGUGUAAUACACUUUUAAGACAACAGCAACAUUCUUCGAUCAAACGUAGAAGAUACCUAAUUAUGCCCCAACUAGAAAUAUCAGGUAAAGAAAAUUCCCGAACAAGGAGAUUGAAUUCUUCGGGAAUGCGCCUAUGCCCUUGCCCCGUUAAUAAUAAGAAAAUAAAGGUAUAGAUAACGAAAAUGAUACAUAUUGUGUGAUACAGACCUUGGCAACGUACACCGGGAACAUAUGAAUUGCUAUUUUUAUAUUGUAUUUAUUAAAGGUUGUUUAUAACAUUAAAUAUAUUGAGCAUCCAAAAAUCCA